CGAAAUUGCUUUAUCACUGCAUAAUCUUUCCACACGUCGGAUCCUCGUAUAUCGUGACCGAACGUAGCUCAAUUAUUACAUCUAUUUAUUAGUAAUUGCUGUUAUACAAUUCAACUGUAUUAGAAGCUGAAUAAGUAAAUUUAGCAUCAUUCAGUCAGUGUGACUAUAUCAUCUUUAAAGAAGCCGAAGUGAUAAAAUUUGGUAAGAAAAGGGGAAAAAAUGAUUAAACGAGAAGGAAAUCGACAACUAAGCGAAGAAAAGAAAAAUUGCGGAAGUCAGAUACAGAGAUUUUAUGCUGGCAAACAGAUACUGCUUACCGGAUGCACUGGUUACCUUGGCACCAUCAUUUUGGAAAAAAUCCUGCGCACAUGUACUGAAAUCAAUAAGAUUUACGUUAUGAUUCGAGAGAAGAAGAACAUGGAAGUUAAAGAGCGAUUGGAAAAAUGCUUUGCAAAUAAUAUAUUUGAUACAUUACGUGAAUCAAAUGCGAAUUUUAUGGAAAAGGUCGAGCUGAUCUACGGUGAUCUACAGGAAAGCGACUUGGGUUUAUCGCCAGAAGAUCGUCGGCGUUUGCUGGAGAACGUGAAUAUAAUAAUUCACAACGCAUCGAACGUGCGUUUUGACGCAAAACCGUCCUAUAUUUUCCGAACAAACGUAAUUGGCACGCAAAAGCUAUUGGAACUAGCGACGGAGUGCUCUCGCUUGGAGGUAUUCGCUUACGUUUCGACCGCAUAUUCUAGUCCUUAUAAUACAACAAUGGAAGAAAAAUUUUACCCUCCUCCGGCUGAUAUGAAGCUGAUCAAAGACGUGAUAAAAGUCGACGAAGAAACCAAGACUGGACUUUCAGAGGCAUCAAUACGCGAUAUCGCAGGAAGCUGGAUAAAUUUAUAUCCCUUUAGCAAAGCCACCGCCGAAGAUCUGGUCAGGACUUUUGGCAUAAGAAAGUCGCUUCCUUGUAUAGUGUACAGACCUAGCAUCAUCAUAGGUGCGCACAAUGAACCAAUCGUAGGGUGGAUCGGAAACAGGAAUGGUCCAAUACUUGCGGCAAGGGCAGUACGAGCGGGUUUCAUUAAUGUGCUUGAGGUUGAUGUCAAUGGUUCUAGUCUGGAUCUAAUUCCGGUUGAUAUGACGGCUAAUGGCCUUUUAGCAGCGAUAUGGGACUACGUCUUAAAUAGGGAAUCGUCCGAACCACGAGUGUAUAAUUUUGCAAGUAGCGAUUGGAAUCCUGUUAAGAACAGUCUGCUGACAGAUACUUUACUGGCAGAUGCACGCAAAUAUCCAUCGUCCGAAAUGAUCCGCUAUCCGUUCCUGAUAUUUGUUAAAAAUGUCUAUACUUUCGCUUUUCUCCUUACAUUAUUGAAUGUUAUUCCUGGUUUACUUCUUGACGCGUAUUACGUAUUUCGAUGGAGGAAGCCAAUGUUUACAAAGCUGAUGAAAAAGGUACUUUUAAAUUACAUAGACGGGAAAAAAUUUCUAAUACCUGAUCGACAUAUAAAAACAGAUAAUACGAAGAAGAUUUUAGCACGUAUGGAUGAGACCGAUUUAAAAGAAUUUCGUUUUGAUUUAUCAACAAUAAACUGGUAUAGUUAUAUAAAUAAGAAUUACAUCAUGUUACGAAAACUACUGAACGAACCACCACAGCCGACACCGGCGACAAUGAAGAAAUAUCGAUAUUUGAUGACAUUACAUUACGUCGUUGUUAGUUUAGCUGUACUUGUUUUCUUCUACUUUCUCUACUCGAUAACAUGUAACAUCUUCUCAUUCAUAGGCUAAUAAACACAACACGAGACUUUUGUUAAACAU